ACGGCACUCACAGGAACGGAACCGGUCAAAGACGGAAAGAGACCACGUUUUUUCACAACACAAAAUAAAAGCUUGAGUAAAUAUAUUCCGCUCGAAUCAAUUCGUGACUUCUUUGCCUAAUUGGCAAGUUGCGACGAUGGCUCACUUCGUAUAUCCUGCUGCGAGUCCCGCUCAACCAACGGCAGCGUACCCUGCAGCUCAGGCGGCAUAUGUAGCAGCUGCUCCUCAAGCGGCAUAUGCCACUGCUACACCUCGGGCAGGACUUACCUACGAGGCUUACCCAGCAGCUCAUGCCACGCCGCAGUAUGCUUACGCCACAAGAACACAAGUUGCCGUUACGCCGGCUGUGACGUAUGACCAGACCAAAACGUAUUAUCAACCAGCACAGGCUACAGCGUAUACAGCGGCAGAAACGCAUUAUCAAGCAGCAAAGCCUGUGUACAGCACAGGCACCGCAUACAACACAGCUCAGCGACAGGCCACUCAGCCUAAGGCUCAGGCUCUGCAGGUGACCACCUCAGGGACGACCUACGUGUACGGUACCGCUGCUGCUCCGGCUGUGACGACCUACCCACAGACUAACUACACGGCUACGACCACUACACAAGCAGCUGGAUACGAGACAGCUCUGUACACUGCGGCCACUUCCUACUACCAGCAGCAGCAGGCUGCCAAAGUAACCGGAGCUCAGUGGAUUGCCAAAAAACCAGGUGGCCCGUUCAAGCCAAAACCCAAAGGCCCUCCGAAACAGCCACAGCUGCACUACUGUGAUGUGUGCAAGAUCAGCUGCGCUGGACCUCAGACGUACCGUGAACAUCUGGAAGGCCAGAAGCACAAGAAGAAAGAACAGGCCACUAAAGGAGUGGCGGCCCCUGCAGCACGAGGUGGCCAUAACCAGCUGCGGUGUGAACUCUGCGAUGUCACAUGCACCGGCGCCGACGCCUACGCCGCUCACAUCAGAGGAGCCAAGCACACAAAGGUGAUGAAGCUACAUACAAAAUUGGGCAAACCGAUACCAUCAACGGACCCUGUGAUUGUAGCCAACUCCAGCGCAUCUACAACUACCACGGCUAAAGUGACCACUGGAACCUCGGUCACGUCUGCCAAAGUUGUGAAGCCACCUGUCGUGGCAGGGGUCAAAAAGGUUUUGGCAGCUCCGAAGAUAACUUUUGUUGGUGGGACACAGCUGAAAACAACUGGCACAAAAGCUGAAGAAGUGAAAGUUCAGCCAAUGAAGACUGAUCCUACUCCUGCUGUUACUAUUACGUCUGUGGAGAAAGCAAUGUCAGAUGAUGGCGACAAGUUCAACAUCCUUGGAGAAAAAGACGUUGCUCCUGUUGGACAUGAAUAUAUUGAAGAGGUAAAGAAUGAGAUUGGCAAGGUUGUGAGUUUCAACUGCAAACUCUGCGAGUGCAAAUUCAACGAUCCUAAUGCAAAGGAAAUGCAUCUGAAAGGAAGACGGCACAGGCUUCAGUACAAGAAAAAGGUGGAUCCCAAUCUGUUGGUAGAGGUGAAGCCGAGUAUUCGCGCCCGCAAGGUGCAGGAGGAGAAAUUGAGACGCCAGGCCCAGAAGGAAGAGUUCUGGCAGCGCAGAGUACAGGAGGAACGAUGGAGAGAUGAGAUGAGGAUGGAGGAGGAGAUGUACUGGGAACACCAGCGUCGGUAUGAGAUGAUGGAGUACUUCGAGUGGCACAGAAUGGGCGGACCACCGGGCAUGAUGCCGCCACGCUUCCCCGGACCCAUGGGACCAGGGCCAAUGAUGCGAAGGCCUGACACAUCGGAUGAUCGUCAUGUGAUGGCUAAACACACAAGUAUUUACCCAACAGAAGCCGAGCUACAAGCUGUUCAAAGCAUUGUAUCGUCUUGUGAGCGAGGACUGAAGUUGGUGUCCGAUUUUCUUGCGGAGAGUGAUGCUCCGAAAACCAGCGAACCCGUGAAGAAACCGGAGCCAGCCAAGAAGGAGGUGAAGGCGAAGGUUCCCGCCAAAGCUGAACCGAAGAAACCGGCGGAAGUCAAGAAAGAGACAGAAGUCAAAGAUGUCAAAGAAGAAACCAAGAAGAAGGAAGAGGCUCCUCCAGCCCCACGAGUGCUGAAAGGUGUGAUGCGAGUGGGAGUCCUUGCCAAAGGUUUGCUGCUGCACGGGGACCUAAACGUCCACCUGGUGGUUCUGUGUUCGGAGAAACCAACCCGCACCAUGCUGGAACGAGUGGCUGAUGGACUGGGAAAACAGUUGGCUACCUCAGAGGACAAGUACGAAAUCCGACGCUGCGUGGAAGAAGCUGCUAUCAUAGUGACGAGUGACAAGGAACCAAAGACAUCAUGUAUUAUUACACUGACAUCACCCGUCAUGCGCGAAUCGGCAGACCGGGAAGGAGAGACUGUUAGCGUCAAAGACCCGCCAGAUGUCUUGGACAGGCAGAAAUGCCUCGAUGCUCUUGCCGCUCUUCGACAUGCAAAAUGGUUCCAGGCUAGAGCCAACGGUCUUCCGUCGUGCGUGAUCGUCAUAAGGAUCCUGAGGGAUUUAUGUCAGAGAGUUCCGACAUGGACGCCUCUUGAAGAAUGGGCCAUGGAACUGUUGGCUGAAAAGUGUGUGAGUAGUGGGGGUGGCCUUGGCCCAGGAGAUUCCCUGAGGCGAACAUUUGAAUGUAUUGCAUCUGGAAUUUUACUGCCAGGCGGACCUGGCCUGUACGACCCCUGCGAGAAGGAGCCGACUGAUGCAGCUGCUUCGUUAACCAAUCAACAGAGAGAGGAAAUCACAGCAUCGGCACAGCAUGCCCUGAGGCUAAUAGCAUUCCGUCAGAUACACAAAGUGCUUGGCAUGGACCCCCUUCCUCCACCUCGAUUCCAGAGACAGCGGUUCAAUCCCCGUAAGAGGAGGAGGACGACGAGUGCUGGAGGAGAUGCGGAUGGAGAUGUUGCUGGUGAGAAGAAGGACAAGAAAGAUGAAGGUGAAGCUGGGAUGGACACUGGAGACAACUGAAGUGGAUUGUCGGUGUUCUUCGUGUUCUUCUAUCUAGUUUGUGUACACAGGGAACAUUGUGUGUGGACACCUGUUCAGUGUCUAGACGGACUUCUUCAACAGCCUGAUGUAACACACAACUUGGAGUUCAUGUAACACUUCAUAUACAAAAAAAAUCCAUUACUUUGAAAGAAAAAAAAAACCUUUUAGUUCACGUUUUACACCGAUUACUGAAUAUUGUGUAAAUUGUUCUUUGUUCGAAAGAGAAAAAAGAAAUAAUGUGAGGAUUCAAUCCAAGAGGAAAGCUGGAUUUUAUAGUUGUUGCGUUAGUGCGCACAAGUGUCACUUCAUUUCUGUUUUGGUUCACCAUUGUACGUUGUUUCAUUUCUAGUCUUUUAUAGAGAAGGUAAAUGUUCUCUGAAGUGAAACUGUGAUUUUCAUUUCCUAGUAUUUGAUAUUGUGCAAAGUUGUCUGAGAGGACCAGCAUUAUAAUCAAAGGGUGUUCACUAAUAAAAAGUCUAGUUCUUUAUACUAGUAUGUCAAAAAAAUUUCUUGGAAAAAUAGACAGGACUGGGUUUUUUUUAAUUUUUUUAUUAUUAUUAUUUUUAUGUCUCUUAAUAGCAAGUAUUAACAUUCGAUUGGAAGUAUUCUUUGAUUCUGAACUUGGUAUGAUCAAAACUAGGGGAAAAGAAAGACUGAACAUUAGUUAAGGCUGCAGAAAUUCUGUGUUCAGUUACUUUUUUUCUUGUUUUUUAUGGAGGGGGUAUAUAUAGCUUGUAUGUACGAGUGUGAUGUUUGUGUAAAGACUAUUUUUAAAGGUACAAGUUAGAUUUAAGUAACAAUGGCAUGUUAGUUUGUAAGGGAUUGUUUGAGUCAUCAUCCAUUGUAGUUAACCACAAUGAAUCUUUUAGUUGAUGUAAAGUGUGUUUUUCUUGGAGACAUUCGCACCUCAUUGAUCAAACCAGUUAUGGAAACAGCUUUUUGGUUUGUAUGGAUUGGAUAUUGGUCUUCUGUCACUGCUUACAUGGUCCUAGUUUUUAAAGACUUCUUUUGGGUAAUGCUUGGCAAAAUAAACUUUGGAAUGUAUUUAAAAAGCCAAAAGUGCAGUUUGAAAAUCAAAUCCUUUCAAGGAUGGCUUUUUUAAUAUGGAAGAUCUUUGAAACAGCUCACCCCCAUGCCCAUAAACAAUGACAUUGGUACAAGCUAGAAAUGUACUAACUGAAAAAGAGGCCUUAUGGUUUGAAACCAUUCGAAGCUACCAGGGAUAGGUUUGUUCAGUGUUGAAAACUGUCCAGCAGAUUUGACUGUUAACUGUCUGGCAGUCUGCACAUGAUAGAAAUAAAAACAAUAGAAUUUUUCUGAAAUUGUAGAUUUUUAGGCUGACCUAAUAAAAAAAAUCCCUAUUCUUGAUCUUUGAUGAAAAGCUCAUAGGAUGGUCAUACUUUUCAUAAAAAAAAAAAAGCCUCUGACAUUUAUCAGAUUUUGUUUGUCUGGUUGCAUUUUCACCUCUGCAAGCAUAUGAAUCGUCAUGGUUUUGCUAUUGUAGUGACUGCAGUUGAAAAGGAACUUGGAACAAUAAUGGUUGUUAGUUCAUGCUUGAAACCAAUGCUGCACAGAAUUACUAACUUUAAUUAAUGUUUGUGGGAAAAUUAGAAAAUAAUUGAGAAGCUAUUCUUAAUGGUUUUGUUUUAAUCUUUUUUCUCUUUUUUUUUUCCAGUUAGGUAGUUAUAAAAACGUUUUUUGUAUUUUUCAAGUGACUGUCUUUCAUAUAUUUGCCAACAGCCAUUUUCCUCAAUGCACAAAUGAGAGUAAAUUUCUAGUUCUGAGCAUCAAGAGCGACGCGUACUGGUUGGAGUACUGGUUGGAAUUUGUCGGAGUUUUGACAAUCCAUUGAGGUUUCUGUCAGUUGUGUCACCAUUGUGUUGCUUUUUAUAUUAGAAAUAUAUGCAUCUAAAUGAGAAAUA